CCAGCCCGGAAUUCCCUGGUUCAUGAGGGGGGGAUGAAGCGAACUCCCGUCCCGGGACCGAUCUCCCGCCGCUUCCGGGUUACCUCAGGCCAAGGCCUCGAUCCCCGGCCGGCCGGGACCGACUCCGGAGAGCGAUUCAUCAGGCUCAGGACAGCGGGCUCGGGAUGGAUUUUCUGACCCUUUUCUUGCUUUAUUUGUGCUUCCUGGUCAGCUUUGUGGCUCUGCUCGGCGUCUGCUCAGGGGGGAGGGGGAUUUAUCACAGAAGCAGCCAGCUCCAGAAUGUGACACAUCAGGCACUUCACAGGCUCUUCUACACAAGGAGCUGUUUGUUUGUUGUCCUGCACAUCCUCUUGGAAGCUGCAGUGUAUGGGGAAUACACCUGGGAGGUGUUUGUGUACUGCUGGGAGCUCCAGUUCCACCUCCUCCUCCUCCUCCUGCCCUACCUGCUGCUGGCUGGGAACGUGGGCUGCUUCCUGCUCUGCUCCCGGGCUGAUCCUGGUAUAAUAACAAAAUCAAACCAUGCCUCAGUGGUUAAGGUUUAUGCUUAUGAUGGUGUGUUAUUUCAGAAGGGCAUCUUGUGCCCUACGUGUAACAUGGAGAAGCCAGCCAGAUCAAAACAUUGCAGUGUCUGUGGGGUGUGUGUGCAGCGUGUGGAUCACCACUGUGUCUGGCUCAACAACUGCAUCGGUGCCCGCAACGCGCGGUACUUCCUGCUCUACCUCAGCACGCUGACUGCCAUGGCUGCAGCCAUCACCACCAUCUCAGCAGCACUGCUCAGACACCUGGUGCUGCUCUCAGGGAUGAUGCAUGGCACCUACCUCGACGAGCAAGGACACGAGCAGCCUGUGGGGAUCUUCUUCCUCGUCCAGCACCUUUUCUUGACUUUCCCUAGGAUUGUCUUCAUGCUUGGGUUUGUUAUUCUUCUCACACUGGUGCUGGGUGCAUACUCCUGCUUCCACCUCUACUUGGCCUUAACCAACCAGACUUCCAACGAAUGGUGUAAAUCCAGAAGGUACAGGUGGUCCCACCAGCAGACACUGCAGCCUCAUGACAGACAAGUAGUCUACAAAAACAUUUAUUCUAGAGGAGUCUGGAUGAAUUUAAAGGAAAUCUUUAAGCCUCCUACACUGUUGGAAAGAAAGAAGAAAACAUGAAGAUCUAAUACUUGACAUGUGCAUUUUUAGACUCCUUGCAUGACUCUCAGCAGUGUGCUUUGAUGGACCAAAUACCUUCUGUAAAAAAUCACUGGGUUUUGAUUAAGUGCUUGGAAACCAUGUUUCCAUAAAACUCCAGUCUUCAAAAAUGAAGAGUUCUUCCUAGGGGCUGUGACAGUGGCCUCUCAGGUCUCUCAGAGUUACAGUACUGAAGCCAGCUGGACUAGGGAUCACUUGCAAGAUCUCCAGAGCAGGGAUGUACCUGCUGCUUUUAGAGACUUGGGCUUAUUUUGGGAAAGCCAGUGUGUUUGACUUACCCAAACAGGAGGGUUUCUAAAGCAUAAAGUGGCCCUGUUCUCUUCCCUUGCCAGAAAUUCUUCUCUUUGCAUGGUAACAGAGCAGAAAUUGGAAAAAUAUAGUAAGAACUUUAAAUAACUUUAUUUUUUUAAA